GUCGUCACCGAGACAGACGACGAGUCAAAUCCUCCCACAACAACGGGAAUUAUCAACGCCAUUACCUCUUCACCGAUAAAUCAUUAGAGAUGAGUCUCGACGAGUACUACGAUGUUGCUCUUGACCUCGUGAAGCAAGCCGGAGCUAUUAUUCGAGAGAAAAUUGACAGGCCAAAAGAUAUAGCAAUGAAGUCUUGCGAUGUUGAUCUCGUUACCGAAUCAGAUAAACAAGUUGAGAAGCUAUUCAUAGGAGGGAUUUCCUCUCGAUACCCUGAUCACAGAUUCAUUGGCGAAGAGACAACAGCUUCUGGCUUGAAGGCACAAUUAACAGAUGCUCCAACGUGGAUAAUCGAUCCUAUUGAUGGUACAAUGAAUUUCGUCCAUGGGCUUCCACAUACUUGCAUAUCAGUCGCUUUACUUGUUGACAAAGUUACGGAAAUGGGGUUUGUCUAUAAUCCAAUUAUCGAGCAGUUGUUCAUUGCCAGAAGAGGACAGGGAGCGUCUUUGAAUGGAAAGCCGAUUAAAGUGUCCGGAGAAAAAGAAUUGAAAAAAGCCCUUCUAAUGACAGAAAUGGGAACUAGCAGAAAUCCAGAGAAAAUUAAGACAGUUAUGGACAAUCUGCAAAUUCUGGUGCCAAAAGUUCACGGGGUGAGAACUCUCGGAUCAGCAGCUCUGAACAUGUGCAUGGUGGCAAUGGGAGGAGCUGACGUGAAUUUCGAAUUUGGUGUUCACGUGUGGGACUUUGCAGCUGGGGACAUAAUUGUCCGGGAGGCUGGAGGGGUGGUAAUUGAUCCAGCAGGUGGAUCCCUCGAUCUCAUGAGCGGCAGAGUCCUUUGCGCCUCUUCCAUGGAGCUCGCUAAUGAAAUAGUAAAGCAACUCGUGCAGUAUUACCCCGAAAGAGAUUAAAAGAUAACAAUUUCGUUAGCUACUGUGCCAUUUUUCCAAUUGUUGUGAGAUUGAAGGAUUUUCAUCCCUCGAAAUACUUAAAAUCUUAAAAGAGACUUAUUUUCAUCCGAUGUACUUAUCCAACUGAAACUAUAUUACUAUAAAAUUAUAUUCUGUGUUCAAUAAACAUUGGUAGCAAUGAAAAUUUGCUCAGCAAGUGA